AUGAACAACUUGGAUCAGGUGAUCAACCUUAAGGUCAAGAUCACCAACUUGUUGGACGAAUCCAUCGUCGCCACCAUCUAUGCGUUCAACCCGGGCCAGGAAGUGCUUGUGUUGAAAGUGUCACCGAGUGGCGGUGCGAGAAAUGGGCCAGGCUCUUCCAAACUGGAGCAAUACAAGAUCAUCAACACUGCAUUCAUCAAGUCACUUCAAGUGAUGCCUCCGUUUCCCAAAAAGGGCCAGAAACCUUACACGGGGUUCAACCAGAGGCUAGCAAAGGUGGAUAUUUCAAAGCUUGAGGCAGACUUGAAUAAGGCCAUCAGCCAGCAUCGAAAUCACAAAGUGGAGCUUCAAACGACCAAGAAGAAUGAAACAAGCCCUUUGGCGGCCAAGAUCUUCGACAAGAUGUCGCAGAAAUUCGGCAAGGAAAACAUCCAGUGGCACGGGAACGAGAGCAUUCUCGCAUUCAAGGAGAUUGUCAUCUCCAGACCCUAUGCCUUGAAUAAAAUUAGCAACUUCAAAAAAUCACAGGCAUCGAAACAUAUGGACGAGGUGCGAUCUGCAUUGCGAGAGAUUUGGUUGGAAGUGGACAACGCCAAACGUGGGGGCUAA